AUGAGCCACGAGUCGGUCGCGCCGCGCGGCGAUGGGUACCGCGACCACCCAUUUGUGCCGCAGACAGAUUUUCUAGACCAUACCGUGACGAACCAGGCCCGCCCUCUGACGAGUGCGGUGAUCACCGUGCGCAUCAUCAAGAACUUUGAGUACCGCACGAUGAAGCCGCUCGUCCUGAAGGACGUGGACCUGACGACGCUCACGGCGCCGGCGCUGAUCGAGCGGUGCCGACAGGAAGUCGCCGCGGCGCCCGCCUUCAGGGUGUAUCGCGGCGUGAUCGGCACGCUCGACACGCUCAAGAUCUACACGCACGCGCAUGGCGCCAAGACGACCAACCUGAUCAUCAACCUGGACCGCCCCGAGUGGAUCCUCGAUUCGUCGAGUGACGCGCCCCUCGCCUCGCUGGGUGUCGAGAACGAAACGGAGCUGAGCCUGUUUGAGCGCAGGGCAUACGACCAGUUCCUCGCGCACCCCGAGACGCGUUGGGACGCUACGGGCUAG